CCGGAGGAGGCGGGGCGGGGACAGCCGCGGCCUGCGGCUUCCGCCCGCCCAGCGCAGCCGGGAGCCGAGAUGGUGUCGCUGCUGCCGCGGAUCGAGCAGCUCUCCUUGCGAGUGGUGCGGGUCUUGGGCUGCAACCCGGGGCCCAUGACCCUGCAGGGCACCAACACCUACCUGGUGGGCACCGGCACCAGAAGAGUCCUGAUUGACACCGGGGAGCCCUCUACUCCCGAGUACAUCGGGUGCUUAAAGCAGGCGCUGUCGGACUUCAACGUCUCCAUCCAGGAAAUCUUGGUCACACACUGGCAUCACGAUCAUACUGGUGGAAUACCAGACAUCUGUGAAAACGUACCCAGUGACUCUGAGUACCGGAUCUGUAAGCUUCCUCGUGUCCCUCACCGUGAAGAGGAAAUCAAAGGAGGACGUAAAUAUUUUUAUCUUAAAGACGGAGAUGUGAUACAGACAGAGGGAGCCACGCUCAGAGUUCUGUACACACCUGGGCACACCGAUGAUCAUAUGGUGUUACAUCUGGAAGAAGAAAAUGCCAUCUUUUCUGGUGACUGUAUCUUAGGGGAAGGAACAACAGUCAUUGAAGACCUGUAUGACUACAUGAAGACUUUGAGGAAGUUGUCACAAAUGAAACCAGAUUUAAUCUACCCAGGUCAUGGCCCGGUAGUGCGUGAUGCUAAUCACAGAAUCCAAAGCUACAUUUCUCACCGCGUUGCUCGUGAGCAGCAGAUUCUGAAUGUUUUCCAGAAGAGUGCUGGAAAAUCGUAUACCUCCUCGGAGCUAGUAAAGCUAGUGUACAAGGAGAUCCCUGACAAUUUACUUAAAGCAGCAGAAAGUAACCUUCUGGUGCACCUGACGAAGCUGGAAAAAGAAGGCAAAGUCUUGCGAGAGGCCAGUCCCAACUUCAGGUGGAGAAACAACUUGUGAGUUGCGUGGGAUGCAUCUGCAAGGUUGCUGCACCAAGAAGUACACUGAUGAGCUCAGAUGAUCUGUAGAACAAGCCCCAGUUCUUCCUUCGGUUUUAAAGUGGCAACACAAUGUUAAAACAUUGUUACAGGCAGCUAACUGCUACCUUCCAUAUUCCUCUGUAUGGGAAAUGUUAAUAACAGGAUGGGUGAGUUCAUUUGAUGAGCUCAGAUGAUCUGUAAAACAAACCCCAGUUCUUCCUUUGCUUUUCAAGUGGUAACACAAUGUUAAAGCAUUGUUACAGGCAGUUAACUGCUACCUUCCAUAUUCCUAGUAUGGGAAAUGUUAAUAACAGGAUGAGUUCAGCAGGAGCUGGUGUUGGCUCUGCUAUGGAAUACCUGCAGGAGAUAACUAGCAAAGUCUCACAAACCUAAUGGCUCAGUAUUAUAAAGCCAUAUUUUAAAAAACAGUAAAUAGGAUAUAUAAAAAACUCUCCAGUAGGAAGACAAGAUGUUAUUCUAAACCUGUUUUCCUUUGCUUGUGCUUCUCUAGUGAGUUACACGGGCAUUCUAAACCCAAGUUACUGUUGUUAGCAGAUGCAAGUACCAGGGUUUAUGUUCCUGUCCUGAUUCAGCUGCCUGUGCCCAGCUGUGCUGGUUGGUCACUGCAGUGCUGUGGAAUUGUUUCAGAGGAUUCAUUAAUUUUAUGUAAUUAUUGUCACAAUGCAGUUAGAUCAGGCUGGUCACUCUUACGGUGUGAGAUGCUGCACAGAGGUGAUUCGAAAGCUGUGUCACAGGGAUGUGUAGCACUCUGCACAGCUGGGUUUGGCUGGCACUGGAACUCCAGGUUUUGCUGUUAAACCAUCUCAGCUUCAGGCACUGUAACUAAAGGUGGUAUUUGGCUGUAAGACACUGGGUAGAAAACUCAACUUGGAUUUUAAUAACUGUAGCUUAAAAUUUCACAACAGCAUAUAAAUAUUUGCACUUCUCUGUGUACUCAGUGUGUGAAGUUUGCAUGAUGUGUACACUUCUGUAGGUGCCUGUUCAGCCUUAAAAGCAGUAAUCAGAUACCAACUGUUUGAAAGGACUGAAGGCAAAGAGGUGUCCUUGAAAACCAUUUGAAGCCUUCAGUCCUGCACCCUCCUUUGUGGAACAUGCUUGUCUCUGGGUGUUUUUUUCUCAUGACUUCAUGAAGUUGAUGGCGUUUGUUUUGAGCCAAAUACAGUACAAAAGUGGUUGUAUAUUUUAAAAGCAUAAAGGUGUUUUUUUUUCAAAUACA